AUGAGUUCCUCCUCCUUCACCUCGCCUGGUCGCGAGGUCGUUCCUGCCACCAGCAGCCCGCCUGCUGGUCUCGAGGAUGACCCUAUUGACAUCAGCUCCGACGACAACGACGAGCUGCAGGGCAAUGGCUCUCACUUGUCGCCGUACUUCACACAACCCACUCAGAUCCUCAGUCGACCAACCCUCAAGGCGCCGACCCAGCCAACCCAGCCAACCCAAAUUCCAACCCAAAUCGUUGACCGCCCAAGGCUUGGCCUCGGUGCAAAUGUCCAGAAAUCACCAUCCACCUCGCCUCAAUCCGACAGCGCCAGGGUUGAGGUCCCCGCCUCCUCACCUUUCCGGCAACAAUCUUCACAGCGACCCCUACCGUCUGCUUUCGAUCGAAUGCGAAUGGCUCCUGCUGGCACCUCCUUUAGGGCCCCUCCAAAGAUCUCUACAAAGCCUGUCUAUCAGUCGACAGUGAAGCAGAUCCCCACCAAGCGCGAAUAUGCUCCGGUCUCAGAUGAUGAGCUUGACACAACACGAUACGCCGCCGAUAGCUCUGGCGACGAGAGCCCAGCACGAGGCGAUAUCCAGCGCUCCUCAUUCCAACGCCAGCAGCCAAAGUCCCCGUCACCUGCUAGUGCUUCCCUGUACAAGCAGCAUGCUUCAAAACAACAGCUGGCAAAGGUAUUGCGCGAGUUCAAGUAUUCCUCAAACACGUCGCCCUCCAGCUCCAUUGGCUCACUGCCCUCGGCGCAGCCUUCCUCGAGGAGCUCAGAACCCUCUCGGUCACCAUCGCCCCGACCGAAACGCAGACGACUCGUUCGCGGUCGAAACCCCAACAACUCCCCCAGCUCCUCGCAGGUCGUCCAAUCAGCCCCUCAGCUCAUCAACCUCAUUGAAGACGAUGAUGACGACGACGACCCUACCUCCAACGAUAAGGACGAUGGAGAUAACUACGUAAUGGAUCAGCAAGAGGAGUCAUCUGAGGACGAGAGCGAGACAGGCGGCCGAUCACCGGACAAGGCUGCUGCCCCGCAUUCCUUGGUGGGAACCAAGCGCAAGGAGAAGAUACUGCAAUACCUGGCCGUUUGCUCAGUGGAGAGCCUCAUGGCUGAUGCCAAAAUCCCGAAGGACGCGGCGAAGCACAUGCUCGACAAGCGGCCUUUCCGCACCGCCGAGCAGGUCAAGGCUGUCAUGAAGUUCAAGAUGUCGCGCGGGAAGAAGAUCAGACAUGACCUUGGGCAGGAGGUCUUCGACGAGCUUGUUGAGUACAUGAAGCGACUCGAUGCAAUCGACCGAGUUGUCCAGUACUGCGAUACUCAGGGACACAAAACCAGGCUCAAGAUUGGGUCAUGGAAAAUGGAUCAGAUGGGCAAGACAAAGGGCCCCUCGAGUGACCCAUCCAGCAUCCUCCCGUUCGCUCAGGAGCCAAAGGCAAUGCGAGGGCACUGCACUAUGCAGCCAUAUCAGCUUUUUGGGAUGAACUGGAUGUGGCAGCUCUACGGCCAGCGCUUCGGAGGCAUUCUCGCCGACGAUAUGGGCUUGGGGAAAACCUGCCAGGUUGUGUCAUUCAUCGCCCUGCUCGUGGAUCAGUACAACAACGGUUUCUUCCAGGAGAGGCCCUGGCCCAACUUGGUUGUGGUCCCGCCCUCGGUCUUGGAGAACUGGGAGAAUGAGUUCGAAAAGUUCGCCCCGGGUUUGUCUAUCAUCAAAUAUUCCGGAAAGCCUGGCGAACGCGACGAACUUGCGCUUGAGAUUCGGGACGCUCCAGAGGAUUAUCACGUCAUCCUCACUUCGUACUCGCAGAUGAGUCGACCUAGGGAUGCGAAUGCUAUGAACAAGAUCGGCAUCAAUGCAGCAAUCUUCGAUGAGGGGCACAAGUUGAAGAACCCCAGCGCCCAGAUCUACAAGGAGCUGAUCUGUAUUAAUGCUGCCUGGAAGCUCAUCAUGACCGGUACCCCCAUCCAGAACAACAUCAUGGAGAUGGUGUCACUCUUGAACUUCCUAUCUCCGAGCGUUUUCCGGCAGUACAGCGAGCAUCUGGAAGAUCUGUUCGUGCAAAAGGCAUCGCUCCAACAAGUCUCUGAGGGCGCCGUCCUCCUGAGCGACCGAGUGAAGCGUGCACGGAGCAUUCUUGAACCCUUCAUUCUCCAGCGGAGAAAGGAGCAGGUCUUGAGCAACAUGCCGGCCAAAAUUCGGAGGGCUGUGUACUGCGACAUGGACGACAGCCAGAAGGAGCUCUACGAAGACUUCGUCCGCAAGUUUCGUGAUGCCAAGCUUCACAAAGCUCUCAGCGGUGGUCGCAAGAACGACAUGAACAACCCCUGGAUCCAGCUCCGUAAGGCUGCCAUCCACCCACAGCUCUUCCGCCGAUUUUUCACCGAUGAGAAGUGCGAGAAGAUGGCCAAGACCCUGAUGAAGUCUGUGUCUCAGGACAUCUUGAGACAGCCCAAUCUUACUCACCUUACCAACGAGUUGAAGAACGAGUCCGACUUCCAGCUGCACCUCUGGUGUCGUGACUACCCUUGCAUCCGCAGCUUUGACUGCCCACAGGACACUUGGUUGAAGAGCGGCAAGGUUCAGAAGCUCUUGGAGCUCAUCGGCGGAUACCAGAAGGAGGGCGACCGGGUCCUCGUCUUUUCGCGAUUUGCGAUGGUUCUUUCCAUCCUUGAAGAGUGUCUCGCGCAGGCCGGCAUCAACCAUCUCGUCCUGCAGGGAGAGACCAAAGUCGCCGAGCGCCAACAACUCAUUGAUCAGUUCAAUGAGGACAAGACGAUCACAGUGUUCCUGUUAACGACGAAGGCCGGCGGGACAGGCAUCAAUUUAACAGCUGCCAACAAGGUCGUUCUCUUUGACCAGUCGGACAACCCACAAGACGACAUUCAGGCUGAAAACCGUGCCCAUCGCCUUGGCCAGCAGCGCGAGGUAGAGGUCAGCCGCCUCCUGUCGAAGGGCACGAUUGACGAGCUGAUCUACAAGGCCUGCCAGCGCAAGCUCGAGCUCGCAGGCAAGAUCACCGGCCAUCAUGAGGAGAUUACAGAUGAGGAUGUAGAGGCCGAGGUCUCCAAGAUGCUGCUCCAGGAGUGA